GGCUCCAGUGCGUUAUUGUACAAGCACGUUUAAACAUAGCGGAAUAAUUUUAUUCAUUCAUUUAAGAUGGAGAAGCUUAUAUUCUAUAUUUGUACUUUUGCGCUAAUUUCUUUUACUGUUGGCUCGAAGUUGGGAGCUGGCAAUAAAUAUUACAAUACCUGCUUAACUGAAAAUAAUGUAUCUGAUGAUGACAUGCUUACAAUACGAGAUAUAAUAGAGGACAAACACAAACAAGAAAAUCAAGAAAAAAUAAAAAAGAAUGGUUGCGUUAUGCAAUGCUUGUUCCAAAAGGAUGGAGUGAUGGAGGGAUCGGAAUAUGACAGCGAGUUUACCAAAAGAACAAAUGCUCCAUCAGGUUCAGAAUAUUCAAAAAUAUUUGAAGCUCUAGAUAACUGCAUAAAUGAAACAAAGGACCUUACAGAAAAAUGCGAAAAAAGCUUUGCUCUUACGGAAUGUUUCCUAAAAGCUGAAGAUAAAUUAUAUCCUUCUCCUUCUCCUUCUUCUGGAAACCAGGAAGAACAUGACCAUGAAAAUAAAUCUGAAAAAUAGUAAAUGCAAUUAAGAAUAGCUGAUAAAUAAUUAAUAAAUAAAAAUCAGAAGUGUAUACAGUGUAUAGCAUUUCCAAUAAAGAGAUAUAUUCACACGA